AUGAUCCUCCUCGAAGAGAUCAAACACGGCGACACGUACGACCGCCUCGGAACCGCCAACACCUCGGCGCCGCUCCCGGAGCCUGAGACCGAGACCAAGGACCGGAGUAGCCUCGACGACGACCGAGAUCUCGAGGGCAGCGUGACCUCCGUCGAGCUUGAAGCCGCCGAUGCUCCUCAGGAUCCCAACGUUGUCGACUGGGACGGGCCAGAUGAUCCAGCCAAUCCGCAUAACUGGUCCAGGGCGAGGAAAGGCGGCACCAUUGCCCUCGUGUCCGCCAUCACAUUUGUCACCCCCCUCGCAUCCUCCAUCUUCUCCCCCAGCAUCGAGCAAGUCAUGACCGAGUUCAACUCCACCAACCAAGAGCUCGCCUCCUUCAUCGUCUCCGUCUACCUCCUGGGCUACUGCUUCGGCCCCCUCGUCGUCGCUCCCCUCUCGGAAGUUUACGGCAAAAACCCCAUCUACAACGUCUGCAAUGUCCUGUUCGUCGUCUGGAACGUCGCGUGCGCCAAGGCCCCUAACAUCGGUGCCUUGAUCAUCUUUCGCUUCUUCGCCGGCCUCGCCGGUUGCUGUCCCCUCACCCUCGGCGCGGGAUCGCUGGCUGAUAUUACGACGCCGGAGCAUCGUGCCGCCGCAAUGUCUGGAUGGGUCAUGGGGCCGAUUCUUGGCCCCGUUGUCGGACCAAUUGCGGGUGGAUAUCUGACGGAAGCAAAGGAUUGGCGUUGGUCGUUUUGGGUGGUGUCCAUGGUUGGCGGCCUCAUCGUCAUCCUAGGUUUCCUCUUCAUGCGUGAGACGGGUGCAAACGCGCUGCUCGAGCAAAAGGCAAAGAGGCUCCGGAAGGAGACGGGCAAUCCCAAGCUCACAUCUAAGCUCGACACAGGCGUCGCAACUAAGGAGCUCUUCAAGAUAGCCACUAUCAGGCCGGGAAAGAUGCUGCUUUUCUCGCCCAUCAUCCUAUGCCUGUCCCUCUACAUGGCCAUCGUCUACGGAUAUCUCUACCUGCUCUUCACCGCGAUACCAACAGUCUUUAAGAUGCGAUACGGCUUCACCACAGGACAAGUCGGCCUCUCGUACCUGGGCUUCGGCGUUGGUUCGAUAAUCGGUGUGGGCAUUACGGGAGCGACUUCUGAUCGCAUCUCUCAGUGGCUGACCAAGAAGAACGGCGGCAAGGCGAAACCAGAGUAUCGUCUCCCCAUCAUGGCCAUGGGCUCGGUGUUUGUCCCCGGAGGCCUGUUCAUGUUUGGUUGGACUGUCCAGAAUCACGAUCACUGGAUCUUACCCAUCAUCGGGACAAGUCUGGUCGGCUUGGGAAUGAUGGCUGGAUUUAUGUCAAUCUCCGUUUAUCUAGUAGAUGCCUAUACCGCCCAUGCCGUCUCCGCCAUUGCCGCCAGCACCGUCUUCCGCUCUCUUCUAGGAGCGCUUCUUCCAAUCGGCGGCAGGAAAAUGUUCGAGUCAUUGGGUUUAGGGUGGGGUGCCUCGCUCUUGGCUUUCAUUGCCGUCGUCAUGGUUCCAAUCUCGGGCCUUUUGAUGAAGUUUGGUGAGAAGAUUCGUCACUAUAUGAUUUUCAAUAUGAAGAUCGAAUAA